CGGACUGGCCCGGUCCGCUGGUCAGCGAUCGCGGACUGGCCUGUCGGCUGUAAUAUAUAAUUUUUCCCUGCAUUAUUUAUAAUAUAAAAUAUAAAAUCAGACAAAAAUGUAUCUUAAAUAAUAAUAAUAUGACGAAUUCUAAACGCUGGAUAUACACAAUGUUUUUGCCGAAAAUUAAUUCACAUUAAUUAUUUAUUUUUGUUAUCGGCUUAUUCUAUUUUCGUAUCGCUCCGAUUAAAUCACUACGGGCUUACGGGUUACGACUAUACCCGCGUCGCGCAGCACUCUACAUAUUAUACAUAUAUUUGAUGACGGAAGAACAUAAUAAUAUUAUAUCAUGUUUAUCACACCCAUUAUCCAUUGUUUAUUUUUAUAUUAAAUACAAAUAUGAAAUGUUAUUUUCGAAUUAAAAUGUGGCAACAGUUUUGAACGGCGUUUAUUUUGCAUCCAAUAGGCAGAACAACAACAUCGGUCAUCGUUUAUAAUCUAUCAGGUAAGAAAUAUUUCAUUUUAAUAACUUGUAGACUGUAUUAUAUUAGUGUCUACUACUAACUACUACUUGAAUUGUCGUUAUAGUUUGGCAAUGUCAGUGGUUAUUUUAACAGGUAUAUACGACACAAUUGUUGUCACGUAAUGAAACUUAGUAAUUUUAAUAACUAGAUAACUGGACAACAUAGUUUUUUCUUCAUAUUAGUAUGUAGGUAUGCUCUAAGUCUAAACAUUCAUCAUAAUUCUUAACUAAUUCGUACCAAGUCAUAACAUAUUAUACAGAAAAACAGAAAUAAAAUUAAUUUCUCUAAAUAAUUGAAUUCAUACGAUAUAAUAUUUAUUAAACGUAUUACGAUCAUUUAUGGGGCCCAAUUCGAAAGCUUAAUAACUACGAGACCACUAAAAUUAUAUUGCUAGGUAUAGACUAUGGACUGUAUGGAGACUGGAAAAUAUAAAAUAAAUGUUAAUUUUUUUCUUUGCUUAAUUUCUUUAGACUUACUACUUAGUCACGAAUCACGAUUAUUGGAUUUUGUAAAAUAAUAUCAAACAAUUUAAAAACUGAAUUUAUCUUAGUAUAGAAUUUAUAAUUUGUAAAUUAUGUAAACUAUUUAUAAAAUAUCAAUAUAACACUAUAAAUAUUAUUAUGCAGUGUUUGAAAAAACGCGUUUAAUUUUACGUGAGCUAACCAUGAACGCGUUCACUGUUUUAUUGAACCUUCUAAACACUGCUAUAAUGUAUAUUGUGUUCAAUUUGAAUCCAAUGAUAUAUCAUUGUAUUAAAAAUGUGAUUUUUAGCGGUAUCGGUUUUUUAGUCUAGUAUUCUAGUCUUUUAUAUUACCAUCAAUAAUUUAUUUUAGUAUUAGUACAAUGAUGGGUUAAAUCAAUUGUUUUAAUUUUUUAUAAAAAUGUAUUAAUUCAAUAAUGUUUGGGAUUUAGAUUAGUAACAUAUCUUCAAUUUAAAAUGGACAAGCGUAGUGGUGAUGACGAUGGUAAUAAAUACCCUGUGAAAUUAAAACGUAGUUCUGGAUGGGCAAGAAAAAAAGAAACUGAUAGACAAAAAUUAAAAGCUAUUGCUCGCGACAAAAAUCAACAAAAAUUAAAUUUUGAAUUUAUACCGAGCACGCGACCAUCUAUUGAAGUUGCAUUGCAUUUUGACACAGUACCAUCAAUUACUAAUAAUGACUCAACACAAAAUUCAAUAGUAAAUAUGCAACCAUCAAUUUCUGAACCAUCGUGCAGUAAUAUAAUAAAACAAUAUGAAAACUAUAAUUAUUCCGAUACUAACAUAAUUAAUAUCCCGAAAGAUCAAAUGCUUGACAUGAAAUGCUCAAAUAAUGAAUUUACACAAGAUCUUAACGUUAAUAUACAGCCUUCCAUUACUUCAUCAAUUGAAUUUGAUAAAAGUAAUAUUGUUGAUUUUGGAAAUAAUAUUGUUCCCAAUGAUUCUCUACAUGAAGAUGAAGUAGCACAGAGUUCUGAAUCAGACUUAGAUGAUAGCUUUUUGAGAGAUAUAUCUUCGAACAAUUUUAAAGCACUUUCUCAUAAUUCUUCGUUGGCUGAAAAACUACGUUUUAUGUCAAAUCAUCCUAUACAGCCACAGUAUGAUCAACUACCAUUUAACGCAUAUAAAAUAUAUUUUCGUCCAUUAUCUAAUACUGAUAACACUCGUAUUCCUAGAAAUUGGUUAUCAUUUGAUAGGAAAAAUGAAAAACUUUUUUGUGCCGUGUGUUUAGCUUUUUCAGUAAAUAAAGAAUCCAUUUUUGUACAAGGUGUUCAAGUAAGCGCUAAAAAUAUUUAUAAACAAAUUAAAGUACAUGAAAAUUCUAAAACACACGAUGAAGCUGUUUACGCUUAUAUGCAAGCAAAAAAAGUUAAAGACGUUUCGUCUCUUAUUGAUAUAAAUCAACGAAAUAGUCGAGUAAUUCAAGUUCAAGAACGUAGACUUUUCCUAUCAAGAAUAAUUGAAGGAGUUAUUUAUAUUGGCAGACAAGGAAUUGCUUAUAGAGCUCAUAAAGAAGAACAAGCAUAUACACUAGACAAUAGAAGUAUGAACCAUGGAAACUUUUUGGAGUUAUUGAUGUGUUGGUCAAAAUUUGACCCGAUUCUUGAAAAAUAUCUAAAUAUUGCGAUUGAAAAAAGUAAAAUCCGUUCAAAUUUAAGUGGAGGACGUGGACGUGGAUCACUUGUUACAUUUAUUUCAAAAACUACGAUCAAUAAAAUAAUCAAUUUAAUUUCACAGUGGAUACAAGAGGAAAUUGGAAAAGAAGUAAAAAAAGCAAAUUUUUUUAGUUUACUCAUAGAUUCCACCCAGGAUGUAAGUGUAACCGAUCAAUUGGCUGUAUGUGUCCGUUAUGUGAUUCAAACUGAAGUAAAAGAACGAUUAAUUAAAUUUUUACCAGUACAAUCAUCAAAAGCAAUCGAUUUAUAUAACUUAAUUAAAAAUGUUUUGGAAGACAUCGGGUUAUCUCUGUCUAAUAUUGUAAGUCAGGCGUACGAUGGCGCCGCGAAUUUAAGUGGUAUUCACAAUGGUUUACAAGCUCUCAUUAAAAAAGAUGCACCUCAAUCUAUUCACACACAUUGCUUUAGUCAUCUUUUAAAUCUUACACUUACACAAGCUUCUGAUUCGUGUUCAGAAGCUAUAAAUCUUUUUGGAUUAUUGGAUCGUUUGGCUAUAUUUUUUAGUCAAUCAUAUAAAAGAAUGGGAAUGUGGAAACAAAAUGUUAUUGAAAAUUCUGUUGGAAGUGAAAAAAUGUUACGCCUUCAAAAAAUAGGACAAACUAGGUGGUGGAGCAGAGAUGUUGCGUUAAAUAAUGUAUUUGAUCCAUUAUUCACACCAACUAAAGAAAAACAUAGAUUUAUAACAGUAAUCAAAGCAUUACUAGCUGUUGCAAAUGGUAAAGAUUUUGAUCUUAGUGCAAAAUCGGAAGCUCUGAAUAUUAUAAACAACUUACUGAAGUUUGAAACUAUAUUGACAGCAUAUGUGUUUCAGUCAUUGUUCGUUUUAAGUUCAACUGCAUCGUCUUGCUUACAAUCCAAAAAAUUAAAUUAUACUCAAGGAUAUAAACUGUUGCAUAAUUUAAAAUCAAAAUUAAUCGAAGGAGUUAAUAAUUUUGAAAUUAUUUUUAUAAGAACUACUGAAUUUAUUGAAUAUUUACAAACGAUUUUAGAAGAAAUGGAUGGAACAGAUAACAUAUUUUGGUCAAGUACUUUUACAAAAAAAAGAAAGCGUUUUAAAAAGAAAAUGUCAGGUGAAUUGACAGCAGACGAAAGACUAGUUGAUGAAAAGAAAUUGUUUGAAGUUGAAGUUUAUAAAGUUGUUUAUAACAAUGCACUCGCUAAAUUAAGCAAUAGGUAUAUGAUCAAUGAGGAUCUAAUUCAAGAUGCUGCAUUUUUUGAUCCAAGAACAUUUUCAAAAUUAAAAACUCCCGGAUUCAUGUUUCCAGAAGGAUCAUUGUCCAAAAUCGCAUCCAUGGCCAGGGUCGAUGUUUUAGAUAUUCAACGUCAGUUGAUAGAAUUUGCUCAAAAUUACGAGGCCAUAGCAAAUAUAGAUGCUAGUAUUCUGUAUGAAGAUUGUAACAGUGAAUUUUUCGAAGAAGAAAAUGAAAACCACACAGAUAUAGAAGAUGACUUAAAAUGUGCAUUAUCCGAAAAAAAUCGUUGUAAAUCGUGUAUUUCAUGUGCAUUCCUUUAUGUAUACACAUUAGUGACUCAUACACCAAAUUACAAUGAUUUAUAUACGGCAUAUAAGGUAAUAUUAAGUUUAGCUUUUACUCAAGUAAGUUGUGAAAGGAGUUUUUCAAUACUUAAAACUAUAAAAACUAGACUUAGGUCAACUCUUUCUAACGACAAAUUAGAAGCAUUCAUGUUUAUGAACCUUGAACGUGGCAUGAUUGUACCUCAUGAUAUAAUAAUUGAUCGAUUAGGUGCCACUUCUAAUGAAAUGAAAAGGAUGCUUAUUGGGUAAUUACCAAUUAUUAUACUUACAAGAAUGUUCAUUUAUGUUUAAUUUUUAGUGUAAAUAAAUAUAAUAUUAUUAGAAUUCUACUUAUAUAUUUUUUUUUAUUUGUUGCAAUUAUUUAUUUAAAAAUAAUCAUUUUACUGAUAAAAAUAUUUAUAGAUAUGCAUUAAAUAUUUGUUGUAUGAUGGGGUUCUUAUAAAAUAUCUUGUUUUGCUGUCUACAUAGCAGAUAGUUAGUUAGUAGUCUGUUCAUGCGCGAGGCCGUGGUAUAGUAAAAUCACAAACAUUUGUAGCAAGUCUUUUAAUAUUAUCAUAUUUAUGUAAGGUAAAUGGUAAUAACUAAUAAAUAAUCAACAAUUACUGUGAUAGCUGAUAAGCAAAUAUCAUAAUUGAAUAAUAAUUCGAUGGAAAAAAAAUUGACUUUAUUAUGUUUAUUAAUUUUCCGUAAAAGAUGGCCCGAAGUAUUAAAAUCGCUGACUGGCCUGUCGCCUACCCAGUCCG